AUGGCCAACUUGACAACGCUCAUAAGUACCCUAAUCACAGCCAACCAUAUCCUGCAUUACCAUUCGGUGUGCGAUGCGUACGGCCACAUAUCGGUGCGACACCCAGAUGAGCCGUCCCAAUUCAUCAUGUCCGCCGACCGAGCUCCCGCGCUCGUCUCAUCGGCAGACGAUCUUGUCACCUACCAGGUAGAGGACGCAUCGGCCGUUGAUCCCGACUCUCCACGCGGGUACAUCGAGCGCUACAUCCACUCGGAGAUGUACAAGCGCUACCCCGAAGUCAACAGUGUGAUCCACGCCCAUGCUCCCGAAGUCCUUCCCUACGCCAUUAGCGGUGUGCCGCUGAAGCCUGUCUUUCAUAUGCCGGCCUUCCUCGGUCUGGAUAUCCCUUUGUGGGACAUCGAGGAUGCUUACAACGAAACCGACUCGCAUGAUCUGUUGGUCCGAAACGAGCACGAAGGCGCUAGUCUGGCCUCAUACUUUGCAGCGCCGGAGAAUGAGACGGCUCAGACCGACAUCCCUGACCGUAAAGUCGUCUUGAUGCGAAAGCACGGUUUCACCACGUUUGGCACAGAGAUCGAGAUUGCCGUCUUCCGAGCAGUCUUCACAACGGAAAACGCUAAGGCACAGACAGAUUCGGCCUUGCUCCGAAAUGCGUUUGGUGGUCUUGCAGCUCAAGGCGUGAAUUUGCAGGAAUGGAGCACAGGGGCGGAAGGAGAUUUGAUGGAGAACAACUUUGAACCUUUGACUGAGAGGCAGGCGGCAGACGCAGAAGAAUCGAUCGGCCAGACUAUCAGCCGUCCAUGGAACUUGUGGGUUGCCGAGGUGGAAGCGAAUCCGCUGUAUCAGAACAAUAGUUAG